ACGUGAUCGUAAGUCCACGGAUAUACCUAAAUCAUGAUGGCUGCGAAGAUGUUCACAAUUCAUUUUUAUGUAACAUUUUUGCUUUUUACAAUUAGGGUUUCUUCUAGUUUUAUCGACUAUGGCGAAAAUUACCGACGGAAUGUAUCUCUGGAGCUGAACCCUGGUCUGAAUUCCUCACUGACACCACCGCCCCUCGGCGUUGGCUUGAUUCACGUGCGGGCGCUGGGCCAGAACGACACACUGCACUAUCUCUUCUGCAGCCUGGGGGCGCCAGCGUUGCUAUUGGUGCAUACAAACUCCACCUCUUCUAAGGUGGAGGUAGACUGGCCUGUCUUUCUGUCAGCGAAUGCUUCAGGCAGCCUAAGAGUGACGCCGGAGAGCACGGUUCUGCACCGCAACGCACUCAUCUUUACCCGGCUGUGGGAGUACAGUGAUGUCAACGACACAGCGGAGCCAGAGCUGCUGCCGUUUUCCAGCUUCUUCCAGCCAUAUGAGCUGCAGAACUUCACCUGGGGGGACCUGCGAAAGAAGCUGGAUCCGACAGCCCACACCGCGCUGCUUUGUGGUGGCGAUUCCAGUGAGAGCUUCAGCAACGGCUCCCUCUGUCUGAAGUUUUCAGCCUUUGGUUCUGUGGGGCGAGAAAAAGGCUGGCCCAGUCUUCUCCACAACGCUAACUCCUCCCAGGUGAGGGUGUGGCUGGACGGCGUGACCCCAAGGUCCAACAGAUCACGCUUUUCCUUAGAGCUACAAUCUGUGGGCAGUACCAAUCCAUUGACCAGAGUAAAUGUUCUCCAGUCCAUAGAUGACGAAUACACACCAUCCAUAUUCAAGGUUGCUCAGUGGGUAUCCUCUCCUGGCAACUCCAGCUCCCCUAUUCUCAGCUAUGCACAGUGGAAGCCUGUGGCCUACCGCAAGGCCUCACCAGUCUUUGAAGAUGCAACUCCCUGCCAUCACUCGACCCCCGUCGCCAUAGCCCAGCGUCCUCCCUCCGGGCUGGUGUUGGCUUAUUUUGGAGAGGGGCGUCAGACCACCGGGCUUAACAUCACUUUUAGUAUUGCUGGAGACCCAUUCUACAAUACCACCAACUAUCUCAGUUGGACUGUGUUGGUCGGGCUAGGCUCUCCUCCUGUGGACUCAUUCUCUCCCCUGGUUUUGGCCAUCAUGGCAGUGGGGCUUGGAACUCCCCUGCUAAUCAUCCUGAUUGGUGUGGUGUGUGUGUGUGUCCGCAAGAACCGGACCCAAGUGCAGGUCUACCAGCCAAUCAACUGAGGCCAGGCCAGGAUACAUGGACUUUAAAGUUAGAAUGAAUGGAAAUGUGCCACUAGUUGCCCCGCAGGCACAUAUUUUUUUAUUUUGUUUUUGAAAUGGAGCGACUGGUCAAAGUAAUACUAUUACAUGCUCUGCUGUUCAGUUAUGGUCCAGGGGGACAAGAAUAUUUUCCUUUUCUGAAGUAAUAUUCUAAAGGGAUUUGGAAGUUUCAGUGCUAAGGAUGCCAGCUCCAAGUCCUGCCCCUUACCAUUUUUUCCCUGCAAUCAGUAGAAACACCUCUACUGUCCGUUUUCACUCCAGUCUGAGCAGGCAACUGAAGUGGACUUUUCCCCCUUUUUUUAUAUAUAUAUAUGUUUUUUUUUAUGACGUUUUGCACUGAAUUCACCACUUAAGGGUUACUGUUUAAUGUGGCCACCCAAUCAAUCAGGAAUGUGCUGAAUCAUCCUGUGGAAAAAUAAGCAAAUUAUAGAGUGCAUUUAUUUGUUUCUUGGGAAUGCAAAAGCCUUCGAUCCCAAACCAAACAUUCCACGUGAGAAAGUUUUUUUGCAGCAAAUCAUGAAGUAACUCAUUUUGUACAUUUUAAAAAACAAAUUAUUGAGUACCAUCUCCAACUGGGUAAAAUAGCAUCUUAUCAUUGUUGUUCAACAAAAAUGUGUAGAUAGUCACAAGUUACGGUCAUCAGUGUUGUUCAUUGCCUAUGUCAAUAUCCUGAUCUUUUCUUGGAGCACUCAUCUUAAGUUUUUUCUGGAAUGUUGAGUUCGGAAUAAGUAAGGAUAUGAUGAUCAUUGAUCAGAAGACUUAUACCUGGUGAAGUAAGGACGAUAGAAACAUCUUGAAAGAGGACUGAGUAGAAACAAGUGCUUAGGGUAAUGGGAUGCAUCUAGAGUAGUGGUCCUCAAAUCUCUUCUGGGAACCCCAGGAGUUCCGUUUAUUGAAAUGAAUCCCAGAAAUAAACCUGGGAUCAACUAAUUAUCUAUCCAAACCUUGGAUGCUUGAUUCAAGUGAGCUGGUUUGGGUUAUAGCAACGGUGGGAGAAGGCUAGGGGUUCCCAGGAAAGGUUGAGUUUCAUGAUCCUCAUUGGCAGUUGCUAAGGUAGGGGCUACUCUUCCUGGGUCCAUUUCAUACUCAGUGUAAAUGGAAAUCUAAUCAUUAUCAAGAAUUACAGCUCUGGAAAAACAUUUGCCCACUGCACCUUUUUCUUUCCUUUCCAAAAAAGUUAGAACGGAAAGUUCUGAGUGAGGAACAGAAGGGU